CGAGAGCACGCAGUAACAAUGCCGGGUCAAACCAAACCCUGGCAGGCGGUAGCUUGCGGAAGCAGGCUGGCGGGUCUGCGGAAGGGAGGGAUGACGAGGAGGUUCUGCAAACAGGUUCUGCAGAAAAUUUUGAGGACCCUUCUCCUCCAUCUGGCGUAAAUAAAAAGACCAAUAUGAGAUACAAGCAUUUCCUGGCAAAAGACAGCCCGACUGCGGGUGGUGCGAAACAAGGCAGCAAGAAGCAGACCGCGACGCCGCCCUCGAUGUUUGUCCACAAGCUGCUCGCCACGUCCACAGUCGCGGCUUUAGUCGGCCGCAGAUCAACCCCCGGUGGCGGCGCCCGGGUGAUGAGCGCGCAGAACCGGCGGAGCAAACAUCGUGGGGGAGGAACAACAUCCAAUGUUGGCACGCACCCGGCUUCUUCCACCUUUUCGCCAAAUAAAGCAGUGAUCCGGAAAUGCGCCGAGAAAUCUACAACUUCCGGAGGCUCUGCUGACAAGCUCGCUGGGAGUGGGAAGACUACAAGUGCAGCCUUCGGAGCGUCGUCUUCUACCACUGGAGCAGCUUCUAGCAGCACGGCUGCAGGAGGUGCAGGCACUUCUACGACCCGUCGAUCCACUGGCGCUGCGCUGCAGGCAGAAGUGGUGGAGGAAUCUAUCGCGGGAACGGACGCGGACCCGGAAAUUAGAAUGGGUGAUCUUACUGCGCAAAACUUUCGCAAAGGGUCGCGGGAAGAGCAACGACAGGAUGAUGUUGACAACUCUCCAUCAGCUUCACCGUCUGAAUCAUAUCAGCGGCCGCUGAUGAGCCCCGAAGAGCAGCGAAAACUGAACGACUGGCGCCGGCGGCUGCGCAGCGCUGUCAAGCGGACCUUGCUGUUCGUUCAGCGGCUGGUAACAUUGAGCCGCGCGGAGAAAGCGACCAUGUUCGGGACCAAGGAUCAGUACUACUACGAAGCCCGGCUCGGCUACGUCGCGUUUAAGCGGUUCUUCUUGAAGCAAGUCCUCCGUCCGCUGGGGUAUUUGACGAAGGGCGGGCCAAAUGGCUUUUUCGGCAGGUUGUCAUCGGUGCCUGCGGAGGGGGAGGAAAACGGGCGGAGCGGGCUUGCGGAGUGGGAGAAGGAGCUGUUGUCGGAAGAGGAGAGAAUGAAAUUAGAAGAGGAACAGUUGCAGCGAAAAUUUAACUUCGACGCCCGACCCCGGGUUCUGCCCCCGCUACUACUGUCCUUGCUGAUCCAAGCGGAUCCGCACUCCAUCGUGUCCCUGCAAACCGCCGGCAGCAGCCACCCCGAGCUGGUCAGCCUGUUUCAAACCUUGCAGGCUUACUACAUGCUCCUGAACGCCUUGCAUUUUUCCACCAGCUUCGAAAACGUGAAUUUGUUCGGCCAAGACACGUCCCGCGGUCCCUUCGGGGAAACGCUCGAGGGCGGCAAACUCGGAGACAGCGGUUUCGAAUCGUCGCAAAGGCGACCAGAUGCCACGAUGGGACCGAUAUCGCAGAAGGAGAACUUCAUCCUGGCGCUGCGCAAGACUAAUCCGGAGCUCAGCGAGGAAGACCUGCUCGCCAAGGCUUUGCUGGACGAGAUCAAAACCGAAGCGGGGGUCAACUGCAGUGACGACGACAGUAUCAAAUGCAAAUGUGUCUGGGUCUGGAAAUCUGUGAUGCUGGGUGGCGUAUCAUGCGGAGGCCACAAGUGCUGGCUCAGCAUGACAAGUUUCUGAGCUUCUAGGUGUUGCCUAUAUUGCAUGAUACACUGCGUUUCUGCGUGACAGAAAAAUGAUGCUCUUGGGUAACCUGCAUGACAGAUUUGAGAGUCAUGCCAGACAGGCAUGACAAAGUUUGUCAUGACAACCAUGCUUCCUUCCAGACCCAGACACGUUUGCAUUUGAUAGACAGUGAGACCACCCUGUUGGGUUCCGACAACCUGAGCCGGAGCCUGUGCCGCGCGUUUUUGGCCCUGGAGAACGAAUUGAAAUCGCAGCAGCUGAAAGAGGCCGGGCCCAUGCGGUCGAACCCGUUUUUGGAGGGGCGGUUCGCGCCCGUCGACGAGGAGGUCACCGUGAUGGGGCGGACCGGACAAUUCGAGAUCACGGGCACCAUUCCGAAGGACCUGAAGGGGCUGUACUGCCGCGUGGGGCCGAAUGCCGUUUGCUCCACGGACGCACGGAUGCAUCACUUAUUCGACGGGGAUGGAAUGGUGCACUAUUUGGAAAUUGACAACGGCGAGGUGGUGUUAUACGGGAACCGCCUUUUGGAAACGCCGAAGCUGAAAACGGAGGUUUUGACCAACGGGGAACUGCUGUAUCUCCGCCUGGGGGAGAUGCGGGGCGGGAUUGGCGUAUCAAGAAAAAAAAUCCCCCCUCUAUAUAUCAGAACGGAAAUCUGUAAUGCAGAUUUGUGGUCACAAAUCAGAUUUGUCAUGCUAGAAGGUAAAAGAUGCGGACUGUAGUGCUGGUUUGUGUGGGAACAAAGCCUUGCAGCUUCAGCAUGACAGGAGGCAGGUGGAAGUGCAAAACAGCAUGACAAAUUGCCUGCAGACGAGGCCACGACUACGGCUCUUUGCGUUCUAGCAUUACAAAUGGAUUUGUGUACUCAGAUACAGCAUCACAAAUUUCGUUUUCGAUAUGGGGAGGGAAGAUUUCUCCUUUUGAUACGGCGUUGCGCGACUGUUGCUCCACGAAAUGCUCUUGAAAUCCCUACUUGGCGUCUUGGAGUCCGACCCGCUGCGUGCCGGCACGGCGAACACCGCCAUGGCGUACCACAAGGGGAAAAUUUUCGCGCUGUACGAAACGAACUUGCCCUUCGAAGUGGCUUACAGCGAGUCUGAAAAGCGGGAGGACCGGAAAAAUGAACUAUCGGCGGACGAUGGUUCUUUGGAGAGAGAAACCCCCCAGCAGUCCAUCCUAACUCAGGACCAGCCACUGGACACACUGGAACCGCUGAAACGCAAUCCUUCCUCCUUAACCUCGAUCGCCACGACGGCUUCCCUGCUCGACCAAGCAGAAGCAGCGGGGCUUCCGGUGGACCAAGAGUUUUUGGACCGGCUGGAAGAGUUAUCGUGGAAGAGCACAAUCGGGAACAUAUUCAUGCUAUUUGUCAUGCAAAAUCGCUUUUACGUAAAACGAAUAUCGGUUUCUAUUUGCAGCUUUCGAAGCCGAAUGUUGUCAUGGGAUUUCCCUGCAGUAUGCAUUUCUGCGAUAGUGGUCUUGCAUGACAAAAAUAUGCUCUAUGCCACUGCUCUUCUUCAGGAUACGAAUCAGAUGUGGAAUUCGAGAUCUUCGAGGAGGAGGACGAAGAUUAUCCUAUUUGAAAACGUCCACACCCUGUGCUUGUCUUUGUCAUGCCAAAUUGCAUGCCCCGAGCGAGCUGUCAUGCGCAGUCCACCCAUGAGCAGCACUCUGCAGAAGUGCUCAUCGUAUACAUUUUGUCAUGCUCCAAUCAGAAUGAGAAAAAGGGGCAGUGAUGCGGCGGCACCAUAGGGUCUUGGUGACGAUUUUCCACGGGACUAACAUGCCGACACCAUGAUCGACCAGGAAAUUGCGGAUUUGCGGAAAUUGCUGUUGCAGACCGGAUAUCAAAUGUAAAAAUGUCUGGGUCUGGAAGAAUGCAACUUGUGAUGCUGAAUUUGGAUUCCAAAAAAAUCUGUAUUGCAUGAGCAGCAAAGGGAAUGCAAUUUUUGGUACGCGGAGAGGGCAUUUGUCAUGCAGAAUAGGCAUCGCGAAACCCUCAAAAAAUCUGUGAUGCUAGGGCGUGCAUCCCAGACAUCAUGGCCAAUGCAAAACAUGCAUGACAAAUCUCAGAAUCUUUCAGACCCAGACAUUUUUACAUUUCAUACCAGAGUAGAGCAAGAAACCAACGCGGGUGGUGGAAAUGAAGCGGACGAUAACUCUGAUUUCGACCAGAAAAUCUUCAACACAACCCUGACGAGCAAGGGAAAAGCAGAAAAGACCGCGACUUCUUCGGAACCGCCCAACACUCCGCGGACAAGUUCCAAAUCCAAAUCAAGCACUAGAUUCCUCGCUCCGGUGGAAGAGGAAAGGGGUGAUUUUGGGGUAGAAAAUGAGACCAAGAGCAGAGAGUUUUCAGCCGACUCGAAGACAGUUGCCGCUUCUUACACCGGUGAGGACUUAUUGGAUGAAAAGACGAAGAUUAGAAGCCUCUCCGGGCGACAAUUCGGCGACCGUACUUUCCUUCCCGACAACGAGAUUCCGGAGUUUCCGCUCGCGGUGGAUGCCCCGUUUCCGGAGAGGACUCGGGACGAGAAAUUCCAGAGGCCGGUGGUUGAUGCGAACGAAACGACAACCACUGUCCGGCCCAAAGAGUUGUUUUCCAUCGGGUUCCACGACUUUGCGACGGGGAGGAAAAUGGUGAAGACGAGCAGUGACAGUGCAGGAAAGAGUGGUGAUGCAGCAGGUGUUGAAUCCUCAGUGAACGAGGAAAUUCAGAACCCGCCCUCCCAGCUCAACCACGCGAUGCACGCGCAUCCGAAGAUUGAUCCGGACACCAAUGACAUGUACGUUUUCGCCUACCACAUCACCGCGCCACCGUACCUGUCCUACUCCGUGAUCAGUGGCGAGACCGGGAAAAUUGUCAAGACCGUGGAUGUAUGCAUUACAAAAUGAUCGUACUGGUAUAAGUCGCAUGAUAAAUUUUUGCAUGAAGAAAACUCAAGUUUGUCAUGCUGAUUCAGGAAGAAAACAAGAUUUGUCAUGCAUGAUUGCGAUUAAUACGAGUGCGACACUUGUUUUUUCGCUGCAUAUGACGUCGGCGAGGACGAAGCGGUUGUGAAUAAGCCGGUGAUGAUGCACGACUCGCUGAUCACGAAGAAUUUUGUCGUUUUCCCCUACCUCCCGCUGUUCUUCGACGGCCAGAAGUGUGCCGAGGGCAAGUCGCCCUACCAGUUCGACAACGGUUGCAACGCGUAUUACGGCGUUUUACCGAAAUCCGCGGACUCGGCAGGGAAGAACAAUGAGAACAUUCGCUGGUUCAAGAUCCCCGGCGCGCACCAGGUGUUCCACUUUGUGAACGCGUGGGAAGAGCUGGAUGCGGACGGAAAAGCCGUCAUCGUCGCCUACGGGUGCGCGUUUCACCAGAAUUUCAAUCUGGACCUCGGCCUGGAGCUCGGUGGGAGCAAGAAAGGGAAGGACAAGGAGCAGGGAGGAGCCGGUGCUGGCGCAUCAAAGACCACUACACAAGAAGAUGACAAGCCGCCGAAUGGCAAGCCGACCCCGUUUGUGCCGCAGUUGACGAAAUUCGUAUUUCAUCUGGACAAAGCAGAAGGUGAGGAAAACGUCAGCAUGGAGAUUUUACCACUGUACUUCAGCGAAACGGGCCUUGCGAGAUCUUUUCCCUUCCCCGCGACAACCAAAGAAGAGCAAACCGCCGCGUUGGGCGAGAUUAUCCGCCCGGGUUUGAUGGGGGUGGAGUUCCCACGCAUCAACGAAAGAUUCACCGGAAAGAAAAACCGGUACUUCUACGGCGCGACCACCUUUCCCGCGGCUGACCGGGCCACCGGUGCGACGGAGAAGCAGGUCAACUCGCCCGCCACGAAGGCGCGACGCGCGAAGAAACCGGCCGCGGGGUUUGAUUUUGAAGGUUUCGUGAAAUACGACCUGGAAGAACAAACCGCGGUCGCGUUUUACAAACUGCCGGACUGGCCAAACCAGCGGUGCGGGGAGAUGUACUUCGAGCCGAAGUUUCGGGAUGGUAAAGGUGCAGUUGCUGCAGGUCCUCAGGGUUCUUCACCAGCGGAUUUUCAGGCAGAGGACGACGGCUACGUUAUGGGAUUCGUGCACUCGUUGGACGGAAUAUGCAAUGUAAAUUUCCCGUACAUGUACAAAAUGCAUGACAAAUUUUGCUAAGUUGCAGUGUACAACUUGUCAUGCUAGACUAGGAUUGAAGGCAAAUUUUGUCAUGCAGAGACAGCAUUUGUACGUGUACAGGAAAUUUACUGUGGAUAGGGAAAGGAGAACGAGUUCAUGAUUUGGGACGUGUAUGCAAAGAAAAAACCGUUUCACUGUAAACUUGUAAUGCAGAAAAUGCAUCUGAAAAGUGUUUCUCUUGCUACACAUGCAAGACAAUGGAUUUUUAGCUGUGUUUUCCCAUAGGAGUCUCGCAUGGCAAAUUUUCCCUGUGAUGUAGAACUACAAACCUGUGAUGCAAAACUUGCAAGAUCAUUACAGUGAAACACUUUUUUCGUACGAUAACGUGUCGGGGGAGUUCAUUGCGAAAAACCCCGAUUCCUACAAAGACCCGAUAUCAAAUGUAAAAGUGUCUGGGUCUGGAAGAUUCUGAGAUUUGUCAUGCAUGUUUUGCGUGACCCAGGAUGUCUGUAAUGCACGACCGCGCAUCACAGAUUUUGAGCUGGCUUCCUGAUGCCUACUCCGCAUGACAAACGAACUCCCUGCGUAGCACAAACUAGACUCCUCUUGCUGGUCGUGCAAUACAGAUUUCUCUAGAGUCCAAAGUUAGCAUCACAAGUUCCAAUCUUCCAGUCCCAGACAUUUUUACACUUGAUACCCGAUCACCCGCAUCAAAAUUCCCGUCCGGAUGCCCAGCGGUUUCCACUCACUUUUCAUCGACUCGCUGAAGUUGCAGGAACACAAGUCACACGUGACAAAAAAUUUGCUCCAGCCGCAGGGUGAAGGACAAGGAGGAGCGCCGGAAGAGCAGGGAAACACACCUACAAAGCUGAAAUCCAUGAUAUCGUACGAAAAACGUGUCUCACUGUAAGCACUUUGCAAGUCUUGCAUCACAAGUUUGGUGUCUACAUGAUGAAGAAAAUUUGCCAUGCGAGGUUCCUCAGGAAAAACACGUCUGGAAUUCCAAUGUCUUGCAUGUGUAGCAACACAGACACUUCUGCAAUACACUUUCUGCAUCACAAGUUUUUGACAGUGAAACAGUUUUUUCUCACGAUACAUGAACCUGUUGAAGUACUACAAAACCUUCCAGAGACUCGAGCAGCGGAACAUGGAAGAGUGCGCGGUUUUUUCAUCGAGUACGGAUAGCGAGGACGUAUGCACUGCAAAUACGUCUAGGUCUUGAAAAGUGCAACUUGUCAUGCUGCAUUUGGAUUCUAGAAAAAUCUGUGUUGCAUCAGCAGCAAAAGGAAUCCACUUUUUGCUACUUACGCGGACGGGGCAUUUGUCAUGCGGAAUGGGCAUAAAGAUGCCUUAAGAAAAUUUGUGAUGCUAAACAUACAUCACAGAUGUCAUGGCCCAUGCAAAACGUGCAUGACAAAGCUCUACGUUCCAGACCCAGACAUAUUUGCAAUGCAUAGGACAGUGGGGAAGGCGACGAGGCGGCGCGGACUGGUGGGGUCCGGAGAGAUGAAAAGCGGGAGAAACAACCGGGUGCCGACCCCGAUGUGGACAUGGGGGAGUAGAGGGUUGUUUGGAGCUUUCAUCUCGGUGCCUGGUCUAAAUCUGCACACUCAGGAACACGCUGACGUCUCAAGAAACCCAGAAAAUUGAAGCUGCCUUUAGUAUCGCAGUCGUAAGAACUUUCUAUCUGAUCUUUUGUUUUUCAUCUAGCACUUCUUGUUUUGAAUGCAAUUGCCACGCAAAAUCUCUUUGUGACUACUUUCUCUGAAAUUAUCGAUUGCUUAAACCGAAUCUGAUCCUUCUAUUGUUAACUAUUUUCGCUAUCUGAAAACCAUGUGUUUAUCGCUUUACUUCACCAGCAACUAGUCUCUGAUUGACUCGUAUUUCGCUGGUAGCAAAUUAUUUCUUUGUUCCUAGAAUUUCAACAGUGAGGAUGAUCUGCCUCACGCAUAAUGCUGACUACUUUCUAUGUGGCAGGACUAGCCACAAAAGAAAAAUGUAAAGACCGAUUGAACUUCGAAGCUUAUUUUGGCCUCUAUUUGAUCUGAAACUGAUAAGCUAGCGUAUGUAAAAAGUACUCUGCUUCUUCUGAAACGAAACUUUUGAUGUCAUGACUCAUUAAAGGUAUGAAGUACCGCCCGGACUUUUGAGGAUGUUAUUUUAUUUUGAGAAUAUAGCAGUUUUUACGACUACAAUUUCUACCAAGAGCAGAAUGCUCUUUACUUUGCGGCUGAGUCUAGGGUCUCCUAUACAACGAGAUAAACUGAAGACACAUCAACAGCCACAGUAACUCUACUAGACAACACCAACAUGAAGAGAAUUUCGUAUUGUUUUUGUCUUGCAAUUUUUGCAAUUACAGAUGAGAUCGAGUACGAGAAUGAACGACGAAGAAAUGUUUAGCGCGAGCUAGGUUUCUCGAGAAGUUUUUGCUUGUCGAAGGCUUUUUGAAUCGAAGACAACCAUAGAAGAAUUUCAAAUUCAUAUGUUGGAAUUGAUGUUGGCGUUGAACUAUCAAUAGAGUCCUCGUUUUUAUUCAU